UUGAAGAUUAUAAAGCAUGAAACCUGCUUACAUUUCCAGCUUACUCGGAAGCCUUCUAAGCGGCAGAUCUCAUACAAGGAUGAUGUGCUUGAAAAAUGCGAAAUUGUCGACGUAUCGGAACCGAAUCACACUAAUGAAGCGAAAAGUAAUGCGGAUCGUUCUACGGACUGUCCUCUUAUCGAUCGUUUUCCACCUGAAAGUGCCGAAGAGCUGGCUGUGAAUCCUCACAAAGUUGAUGAGCAAAAAGAGUUACAGGUCAGGCGAUGGAUACAAAAGAAACGAGAUCGUUGCCGGAGAAACAAGUUACUCUUACUCACCGGGCCAAGUGGUUCCGGUAAAACAGCAACAGUACGGGUAUUGUGCCAUGAGCUAAAAGUUGAUUUAAUUGAAUGGAACGCAUCGGAAUCUUUUGAAAUUUUCUAUGACAUGGAAGGCGACGAAGUGGUUUGUGAAGAAAGUCAAGUCAGUAGUCUACUUUGUCUUGUAUUUGAAAUUCUUUAUUCAAAAAAAGGUGAUUAUGGGAUUUUUUCAUAUGGUUGUUAUAAAAAAAUAAUUGGCCAACGCACGGGCCGUCCAUGCGAUGAUGCGUUUUUUGCAUAG